AUGGCCGACGAGGAGUAUAGUGACGACCAGUAUGUGGAUAACGAUGUUGAUGUUGACGGGGAUGUCGACGACGACGAGGAAAUGGAGGACGGGAACGAUUCAGAUACAAACGAUGCCUCAUACACAGAAUCCACUAUAGCAGCAGACGUUGGAGGUGAAACUUCAGGAACUACGGGCUCCAAUUCUGCAACGACAACAACAACGACAACAACAACAACAGCAGCAACAGCGGGUCACUCGAACCGACGUGGUAAACACCAUGCAUCGAAAUCAAGAUCUAGGUCCAACUCGAAUCUUCCCUCAAGGAAAACCCCCACUCCUGCAGCAGAAGAGAAUGAAGUCUCUCCCUUAAAUGACGAAUAUGACACCCCUAACGAUAUCAAGGGCGAUCGCAAGAUCUCCGAACUGGGAGUGUUGAAGGGCGGAAGGAAGUUUCGGUUUAAGACGUUCAAAGUCCCCAAUAAGGGAGACCGUUUAUAUGCCAUUUCAACCGACGUUGCCCGUCUAAUUGGAUAUAGGGAUUCCUACUUUUUGUUUCAGAAACAUACCAAUUUAUACAGGUACAAGGUUGAUGAAGCCUCAAAGAUGAAGCUCAUCAAAGACGAUCUUUUGCCAGGCACUUUCAAAACAAGAGCGGCUUAUUUAAUUACUGCCAGAUCGGCCUUUAAGGAAUUUGGGGCUCGUUUAAUUGUAAAUGGUAAAAUGGUUAUUGACGACUACUACGAGGACAAAGCGAGAGAAAAUGGCGCAAUCGAAGGUGCACUUGCAAACCCAAUACUGAAUGGUGAUUCCCACUCAUUUAAUGAUCAUUCUCUAUUUGAACGCAAGGAAAAUAUGGCUGCUCUAUUGUCGAAAAAUAACAUUCAAGGUACCAACGAGUCCUGGAUUUACGAUCAUGCCUUGAAAUCCCGGCAAUUCGACUCCAUGCUAUUGUAUGAUCGUAACGAGCUUCUGAAAAAACGCGUCCAACGGGAUAUAUACACCAAUUUGAACUUUGUACCAUCAACAACUCAACCUACAAAGUCAAAAUUCAUAAAAUUUUCCAAUGAUGGCGAUCCCUCCUCGGGGAAAGUCCAAAUUGAAACCACCAUUUCAGACUUCAAUGUAAUCAAAACAGGACUAUCCUCAGUGGACCCGUCCGUUUGGGAAGGUUGUGUCGACGAAGAAACUAAAAAUGCAAUCCUGUUACAACAACAAAGAGAAACCACCUUUUGA